CAUGGAAACUGAAAUAAAGAUAAAAAAUGAACUCGUGAAAAUCAUUUACAAUCUUGAGAAAACAAUCAAAGUUUGGAUUGUUAUUAGUGUUAUUAUCCAUCAAUAGAAUAAAGUAUUAACUUUAAAAUUUGUUAUUUUUCUUUCUCUUCAUCAUAAAUAAAAAAAAUCUGAUCGCUAACCUCUAGUCAUGUAAAUCUCAAUGCUAUUUGCAUUUAGCUCUUUCGCGUUAUUAACUUUUUAGUAUCGUCCUGGCACGAAUUAAACCUUAUUUAGCUUGAUUGACCAACUCUAAAUUGUGAUCUACAAAAAACACAUAAUCCGAAUGUUCAUCAACUGCUCAUGACCUGAUGAACUUUCAUUUUAGUUAAACAGUUGAACUUCUUGUUGGUGUUUUGGUGCUUGUGUAUUGAGAUAAUAUUGUGAUCGACAUAAAAGUUUUUCCUUAACUGCUAUUAAUAGUUAUCCCUUUUGUUUUUGUAUAAUAACCUUCAUCAAACUUUCGUGUUUUGACCAUCCGAAGAAGAAACUCUUGACCCUCUCAAUUGAAAUAUCAAAAACAAAUAAUCUUUUCAUCAAUUUUUUAUAAUUAUUACCAUGGUGUCAGCUUAAUUCUUUCGCAUAAACUUCUUCAACAUUUCAAACGAAAAAUGAAUUUCUAUGUUAAAUAACAAGAAAAAAGUUUGAUUAUUUCAUCAGCUUCGAAAAUGAUCCCAUGGAUUUCUCAAUAGUUUAAUGUUCAAUUCACUUUCUACCGUCAAAGUUGAUUCACUCCAAACUCAAACCUCUAAUACCACAGCACUUUAAUAAUAAUUCAGUAAUUCGUCGAUUCUCAUGAUAGUUAUUUAUUGUCUUACACAACGAUAAAAUCAUGAGUUGAAAGUUUACCAUUAUUUUUACUCUUGGUAACAUGUACAAUUCUUGUUACUCUGUUUGUGGAUUUCGCUCAAAAUUUUAAAUACUCAGUUUUUCAUCUGGAUGGAUAACUGAUCGUUCCAUCGGAUUGUAUAAUUUUUAUUUUGAGAAAAAGUUCAUCACUUUACAGCAAUAUAUAUAUACCUGUAUAUGUGUAUUCAUGUUUCUCUGUGUUACCUGUGCUUGUAUAUUCAACACUUGGACUGUGGAUGUGACUUGGAUUGAAUAACGAUAAGCUAAGAAAAGUUUUAUCAAAUUAUUCUAUUAACCGUUGAGAGAAUCGUGUAACAUUGUUAUUCAUAUGAUAUUUGUGUUCUGUUUCAAUCUUCAGGAUAGAUAAUCAAACUUUGUUUUGCCAUAGAAAGAGAGAAACAAAAAAUUACAAGUAACCUGUUCAAUCUCAAAUUUUUAUCGUUAGUCAACAACGAAUCUGAUAUAAGCAAAAGAUCAUCUCUAUCUUCUGGAAUGAAAUUUUUCUACAUGAAAUUGUGUUUAUAUUAUUAUCAUCUCUUUUAUUACUAUUACACAUUUACCUGUUAUCAUGUUUUCGGUUCACAAAUUCAACCUGAACCUAAUACAAUGGUUGAUGAUGCGAAAUUUUCAGAAAGCCGUCCAUGUGCCUCAUCAGAGUUUCGCUGUCACAAAGGAGGUUGUAUUUCACUUCAAUGGCACUGUGAUUCUGAUAUCGAUUGCAAAGAUGGAUCUGAUGAACUUGAUUGCGACCAAGUUCCCAUGGAUCAUGUAACUUGUCCAAUUGGCAAAUAUCGCUGUCGUAACGGUCGCUGUAUUGCUGAAGCUUACCAUUGUGAUGGAGAUAAUGAUUGCGGAGAUUGGUCAGAUGAGGAUAAAUGCGAAAGUAAAGUAGAGUGUCAAAGUGGUGAAUUCACUUGUUCCAAUGGAGGUUGUAUCAAUCAGGAAUGGAAAUGUGAUGGAGAUAAAGACUGUGACGAUGGUUCAGACGAAAAAGAUUGUCCAUCCAGAUCUUGUACAGAAGAUCAGUUUCGAUGUCAUUCAGGUCGAUGUAUUCGAGCUUCUUGGAGGUGCGAUGGUGACGCUGAUUGUAGUGAUAAUUCUGAUGAGAAAGGUUGUGGCUAUCGAACUGAAUGUUUAACUGGACAAUUUAAAUGCGAUGACGGUACUUGUAUAAGCCAAUAUUUUGUUUGCAAUGGUGCACCAAAUUGUCCUGAUGGUUCAGAUGAAGAUGUUAACAAAACGUGUCUCAGUUCAACACCAUGUAGAGAUGAUGGUUUCCCCUGUCAACAUUUAUGUCUUGCCUCUGAUUCUGGUCAUCAUUGUGGAUGUAAAAAAGGUUAUGAAUUGGCCAGUGAUGGUCAUUCUUGCCUUGAUAUUGAUGAAUGUUUUUCCCAUCAACUUUCAUGUUCCCAAAGGUGUGAAAAUAAUGUUCCAGGAUUUCAGUGUUUCUGUACUGAAGGAUAUACCAUGAGUGAAGAUAAAAUUUCAUGUAAAGCAAAUGGACCUGAGCCAUAUAUCAUUUUCGCCAAUAGAGUGGACAUAAGACGGGUUACACUUGAUGCCUCUGAUUAUACUGCAAUGGUAAGUGAUCUUCAAAAUGUGAUUGCCUUGGAUUUUCAUUAUGCUAGACAGUUAAUUGUCUGGUCAGAUAUUACAACGGACACCAUUUAUAUUGCUCAUCUUAAUGGUUCCUCUCAACGAGCCAUCAUCUCAUCGGGUCUUGUUUCGCCCGGUGGAUUGGCAGUUGAUUGGUCAUCUGAUAGACUUUACUGGACAGAUUCGGGAACAGGUCGAAUUGAGUUUGCCAAUUUGAUCGAUGGUUCCAUGAGAAAGGUACUUUUUUGGCGUAAUAUUGAAAAACCUCGUGCAAUUGUGGUUAAUCUUGAGGAAUCAUCACUUUACUGGAUCGAUUGGGGUUCACCACCUCGUAUUGAAACAGCUCAUUUUGAUGGUUCUGGUCGAGAGUCGAUAGUUUAUACAAGCCUUUUCUGGCCUAACGGGUUAACAAUUGACUAUCCAGCAUCGAGACUUUAUUGGACCGAUGCUAAACAUCAUCUAAUUGAAUGCUCAAAACUUGAUGGUUCUGAUAGACGAUCAAUUAUUCAAGGCGAAACUGCUCUACCUCAUCCUUUUGCUAUAACCGUUUUUGAAGAUAUCAUUUAUUGGACUGAUUGGCGGACAAAGUCAAUCAAUUCAGCUCACAAAUUGACCGGAAAAGAUAUAACCACUGUCCAUGGUCAACUUCAUUCACCAAUGGAUCUUUUAAUAGUUCAUCCACUUCGUCAAGCUAAAGUAUUUGAUAAAUGUUUUCCAUCAUCACCAUCAUCAUUAUCAUUACCAUCAGCUGCCUCUUCAUCAUCAUCAACUUCAUCUUUUUCCUCUUUACAAGGAUCCUCUUCAUCUUCAUCAUCUUCCUCAUCUUUAUCACCAUCUCAUUGUUCCCAUAUUUGCCUAGCCAAUAACGUGACUUUUACCUGUGCCUGUCCAACGGGUUUUAGUUUAUCUCCUGAUGGAUCAACUUGCAAUAGUAAACCGGAAACUUUUUUACUUUUCACUCGACGAAAUGAUAUCCGUUGGUUGUGUCUUGAUUGUCCAGAUGAAGAUAAUAUUGAUGUUGUCCUUUCAUUAUCCAAUAUAAAUUCUGCUGUUUCCCUUGAUUGGGAUUAUCCAUCAUUAUCAAUCUUUUGGUCAGAUGUAACUAAUGAUACAAUUAAUCGAGCCGAUUGGGAUGGAGUUAAGCAAACGGUUAUCGCAGGUCAACCAAUGGACUCACCUUCAGGUUUAUCGGUUGAUUGGAUUGGACAUAAUGUUUAUUGGUCUGAUUCGGGUAGAAAUACAAUUGAAGUUGCUCUUUACGAUGGUGGUAUAAGAUCAGUUGUUAUCUGGUCUGGACUUGAUCGUCCUCGUGAUGUUGUUGUUGAUUCAAUGGUUUCAUUAAUGUUUUGGAUUCAUCGUGAAGGAACCAAUUCAAAGAUUGAAAAAUCAGGUAUGGAUGGUGGUGAACGUAAAGUAAUCUUAUCACAUAAUCUUACCUGGCCUCAUGGGAUGACACUUGACCUUUACGAGAGGAGACUUUAUUGGUCUGAUAUUGGUGCUAAAACGAUUGAAUCAUCUGAUUAUGAUGGUAAAUAUCGUUUCACUCUAAUAUCGGGUCAUGUUAAAAAUCCAUUUGGAUUAGCGAUUCAUGAUCGUUACUUAUAUUGGACUGACUGGGAAUUGAAGACUAUCCAGAAAACUGAUAAGAUGAGAGGUGAAGAUAGUAAAAUAUUGCUCAAAGGAUUAGAUAAUCUUAUGGAUAUACAAGUUUUCCACUCUCAUCGUCCCAAUCGAUCAUCACCCUGUUCAGGUUCACCCUGUCAGCAACUUUGCCUUCUAUCGCCCACUGUGCCUGGUUUUAGAUGUGCCUGUUCAACUGGACUCGCUCUCGGUUCGGAUAAAAGAUCAUGUGCCACCGAUAUGGUCAAAUUUCUUAUUACAGCAUCUCGAACCUCAAUUCGUCGAAUGUCCCUUGAUGUACCAUAUUAUGCUGAUGUUGUUGUUCCAACGACUGGUGUUAACCUUUCAAAUGCCCUUGUAUUGGACAUUUAUCCGCCCGAAGCAACAGUCUUUUGGUCUGAUACAGAUACAGAUACAAUCUAUAGAGCUCGUUAUGAUAUUUCUGGUACAUCAGGGGAAAAGUCAAUUGUUGAAGAGGUUAUUUCAAUUGGACUUGGUGAUGUUAAUGGUAUUGCAGUUGAUUGGAUUGGUGGUAAACUUUACUGGACCGAUGCAGGUCGUAAAAGGAUUGAAGUGUCAAAUCUUGAUGGUUCAUCGAGAAAAUCACUUAUAUGGACUGAUCUUGAUUCACCAAGAGCAAUUGUUUUACAUUACUCUUCGGGUUACAUGUUUUGGACCGAUUGGGGUUCGGUGACACGUAUUUCACGUGCUGAUAUGGAUGGUUCAAGAAGAGCACUUUUACUUGACUCAGGUUUAGGUUGGAUAAAUGGUCUAGCAGUUUAUCAAAGUACAACUUCGGGUGGAGCUAAAUUACUUUGGGUUGAUUCUCAGCUUCAUACACUUGAGAUGGCUGAUAUAAAUGGUGCUAAUAGAAAAGUUUUACUCUCAAAUUUACCUGCACCUUAUGGGAUAACGGUUAUUGGUGAUGAAAUAUAUUGGACAGAUUGGGAGACUCGAUCGAUUCAUAGGGUUAUCGGUGAAGAUCCGAGGACUUCGACAAUAUUACUCUCCGGGCUAACAAAUAUCGCUGAUCUAACGGGUAUUGAUAUGAAAAGUUUAGAGGCUAAAAAGCAAACCGAUGUUUGUAAGGCAAAUAAUGCUGGAUGUUCACAUCUUUGCUUACGGAAUUCAUGGGGCUAUUCGUGUGCCUGUCCAACGGGUUAUCAACUUUUAUCUGACAAGAAAACAUGCUCAUCCAAUUUAACGGCAUUUCUAUUAUUUGCGAGUAAGAAAAGUUUAAGAAGAAUAGCAUUAAACACUGAGGUUAAUACAUUUGCCGAUGUUUACCUGCCGAUAACCGAUGUUACCAAUGCGGUUGCGAUUGAUUUUGAUUAUCAAGAUCGAAUGAUUUUCUUUUCCGAUAUCUCUCUCCAUUUGAUACGUCGAACUGAUUUUGAUGGUACUAAAGUAACAAAUGUAAUAUCAUCAGAUUUGGUUCGACCUGAUGGUUUAGCUUUUGAUUGGGUUGCGAAUAAUUUAUAUUGGUCCGAUACUGGAAGAAAUGUUAUUGAAGUUUGUCGAGCUGAUGGUAGUUCGAGAAGGAUAAUUAUCGAUCUAAAUUUAGAUGAACCUCGAGCGUUAGCCCUUUAUCCUAAAAAAGGAUUUCUCUUCUGGACUGAUUGGGGUAAAUCACCCAAAAUAGAGAGAUCAUUUCUUGAUGGAUCAGCUCGAACAUCAUUAAUUACUAGUGAUCUUGGUUGGCCUAAUGGAAUCACUGUUGAUUAUGAGGUUGAUCAAAUCUAUUGGGUUGAUGCUCAACUCGACAGAAUCGAGGCAAGUGACUUUGAAGGAUCAUCGAGACGAACCAUUAUCAAAGAUAUUUCUCAUCCUUUUGGCCUAACCAUUUACGGGCCUCAUGUUUAUUGGACUGAUUGGCAAAUUAAAGCCAUCGAAAGAAGCGAUAAGGACGGUAAACGUUCAGCCAAGGAACUAAUUGUCGAUAAUAUUGAAUAUCUUAUGGAAAUUAAAAUGGUUGCACCUUCAAGGCAACCAGGAACUAAUCCAUGUGGAAUUGGUAAUGGAGGUUGUACUCAUUUGUGCCUAUUUCGACCUCAGGGUUAUAUUUGUGCCUGUCCCACUGUUCAAGAUUCGAGACCUUGCUCUCAAGUUCCUGGUGAUAUUCUUAACCUGGAAUCAAGUUCAACAGUUUCAACAAGCAAAAAAGGUAAUCCUAUCAAUGGUAAUGGAAACUUGCCUGAGAAUCAAGAUUAUGAUGAUAAUAAGAAACACAAUCGAAAUGAAAUUGGAAGCAAAGAAUGCUCUGGAAAUGGAACAUCAUCUUCAUCAUCUAAUUCUGGUUGCCUUUCUCUUGGCAUUUCCCUAGACGAUCCUUUUUUACAAAUGGCUUACAUAGCCACAGCAGCGGCCUUAUUAUUAUUGACCUUACUUUUAGCAUCGAUUGGGUUAAUUAUCGUUAAAAGGAAAUAUUCAUCCAAUGUUUCAUCUGAAGAUGCUCGUUCAUCUACUUCAGAGAUUAUCGAUAAAGUAUAUCCACCUAUUUGUAAUCAAUCCCUCCCACACCCAACACUUUACUCACAAGCAAUUGAAUCAAAUGUUAAUCGAGGUACAACUCGUUCACCUAAUUUAAUAACACCACCUUCACCUCAACUAAUAAACCAAAAUAUAUCUGAUAUUUAUCAUCAAUCUCAUCGUAUUCAGCAACAGCAACAAUUUUAUUCAUCACAUCAUAUUACUGGUGAUUUACAUUCACAACAUGAACAGAAUACCUCCUUUGAAACUGGUGAUGAUGAUGAUGAUGACGAUGAUAAUAAUAACAACACCAAUAAUGAUGAACAGUAUCAACAGCAAAGUCACAGAGGUUUAAAUCAUCAAGAAUCAAUUGAAAUGUCACCACAACGAGGUUAUAAUUUAUUGAAUCAAGAGAUUUACAGUGAAGAUGAAAAAAUUGGCUUCAACAGUAGCUUUGAAAGUUAUCCGAGUUACAAAAAUUGGGAUGAACCAGGAAUCCUCCUUUCAAUACCCGAUUUAACUGCUUCCUCGACACCUCGAAAAAUAAUGUUUGGAGGAGGAGGUGAAAGACCAAUUGAUGGUCGUAGUGAGACAUUUGAAAGUCGAGGAGGUUUUGUUGGCAGUGGUGGUGGUGGUGGUGGAAGUGUAAUACCAUUCAUGAUGGGAUCAAACAGAAACAAUAACAUCAAUUUCAACAAUAAGCAUAAUCACAAUGAGAGUAAUAAUAUAAAUUAUUCAACUGCAAUGAGAAGAUCAAUCUCAUCAAUACAUUCAUCUAAUUUACCACUUCCUCCUCCUCCACAUCACCAUCAACAACAACAACUACAACAGCAACAUGAAUCAACUCGACAGCCACCCUUUACCCUGAAUAUAAUUCCAACACCUUAUCACAUUUUCCAGUCUCUUCCUCAGUCAGGUGAUCAUCAGAAUAGGAUAAACUAUGAUAAGAAAAAUAUUUCUAAUGAUAUAAGAAGAGGUAAAACUAAGAAUCAACAACAAGCCCACUCUCAACAGAAUCAAUAUCUCCACCAUCAUACACAACAAAAUCAACAACAGCAACAACAACGUCAACAGCGACAACAAAAUCGACGAAAGUUUAAAUUCAAUUCUCUUCAUGCAUCACCAGUUACCAAACGUUCAUUUUCACCUCAUCCACUUUAUCGUCAUCCAUCAUUCCAUUCAAUUGAAACUGAUAUAUGAACACUGAGAGAGUAUAAAGUAAAGACAAAUAAGAUGAAUAAACUUUUGGAUGGAGAGAGAGAAAUAGAUAAAAGUUCUGAGAAAAUGAAGAAGAAAAAUAUAUCUAAAUAACAUUGGAUAGAAAGUACAUGUUCUUUCAAUUUCUUUUUCGAUUUUUUUUUCUUCAUCUUCAUGUCCUAGAUUUUCAUCUUCUCCUUUUCCUCAUAAUAAUUGUAAUCUCAAGCUCAAUCAUCUUCUUCAUCUUCAUCUUCAUCUUCUCCCUUCUAUCCAAUAUUGGAAAAAAAGGAGAAAGCAAAACAUUGAGAAAAGUUUUCUCAUUUUCCGUUUCCUCUUCUUCUUAAUUUAUAACAUGUAACAAUUAAUCAGAUGAUUUAUAUAUAAUUGUGUUGAUAAGAAAACAAAAAUAUUCGAAACACUUUGAUAUAAGAAAAUUGACAAAAAUUGUAAAACAAUUAAAUUAAAUUUUCCUCUCAACAUGUAA